UCAGUGUAAUGGACAGUUGGAACAGUUGUCACUUACUUCGCGCACCAUUAAACUACAGAGAUUUCAUUGUGAUUAUAACCGAAAUAAACAAACUCAAAGGUCCCUUACCAAAUGGAGGAAAAUGAAUUCAGACCGGCUGCAACUAAAGAUAUGGACAAAUGUGCCAUCAUUUAUCGGAGUAAUUCGGUUUCGUUUGUUUACGUUUGUUUUCACUGUGGAUCUGACUUUAACAACAUUGAUAGCACCUUAAAACAUAUCGAGUCUCACUUUCAACUAGAGCAGAUUACAAUCGACGAAAAAGGCGUCAAGUCCGAAUUUACGGAUUUUGAAAAUGCUUCCGAUGACACGCAUGAAACUGAUAACUUUUAUGAUGCUACCGAGCCCGCAAUUCAGAUUAAAACGGAAGUGAUGGAAGUUGAGGAAGAAUAUGGCCCUGACACUGAUGCUGUAGAAAGACCAACAUAUUUCAAUUGUAAGCGCUGUGCGUCGACUUUUUCAUCAAAGUUUUCCUGUCAGAGUCAUACGGUAAAGGUUCACUUCAAAGAACCAGCUCUUGAAUGUGGAAAAUGUGGAAAAACGUUUAAGCGCGACGCAUCCAUCAAAAACCAUCUGAGACAACACAUUGAUCGUGGCGAGGUCGAUUGGAAAUGUGAAGGCGAUGGGAUUCGUGAACCGAAUACCGUACUUUCGAAGCAACAAGAAGACGCAAGGUCGUCAACUGAAUUGAAAACUCGGUCCGAUAAGCAACAGAUGACUAAUCGAAAUUCAUUAAAGCUGAUGCCUGAGAAAGAAGAGCCAGAAGACGAAAAUGCUGAAAAACAAAAACCCGAGAAACGAAAAACAGAAAAACCCAAACCGGUCAAGACAGAAAAACCGAAGUCGGAAAAACGAAAAGCAGAAAAACAGAAGCCGGAAAAACGAAAAUCGGAAAAACUGAUGCCAGACAAGGAAGAAAAACCGAAGCCAGACAACACAGAAAAACCGGAAAAGCGAAAGGCAGAAAAACAGAAGCCAGACAAAGCAACCAAACCUGAAAAAGAAGAAAAAGUAUACCAGCUGAGUACAUACAUUUGCCACAAAUGUUCUGACACAUACAACACAUCAACUGAUCUGAACGAGCACUUAAAAUUGCAUGCGACGGGCGACAUUCUCCAAAUAAACAAGUGUAAAGAGUGCAAAAUCUUCUACCAUUCGGCUUUCGAUCUUCGCCUGCAUGUGCUCGAAAUUCACCUUUCCAUAAAGGAGUUCAAGUGCUCUACAUGUCUGAUCGAAUUCAAGAAGGAAGACAAAGACUUACUAGAGAAACAUUUAGAACUUCACUUAGCAAAUAACUCAACAAAAUGGGUGAACAUACGACAUGGCAUUUGUAACAACGGAUUGGAUGCGACGAAUUUCGAAGAAAUUACUACCACCGCUGAAUCGUCUUGCGAUUUGUGUGAAGAAAAAUUUUAUCUGAAAGCCAAUUUGGCUGAACAUGCGCGAUGCAUGCAUUGGGACAACGAAAGUAAACUACGCUGUCCGAAAUGUGAAGCUGUAUUCACCAAAAACAAAAACUAUUUCGCCCAUCAACUGGAACAUCGUCGAUCCGGAGAGGAUGUAAUUGAAACCGACAUGAAGGUGCUCCUUGCAAAUCUCAAUUCGUACAUUGACGAGCAGUUUGUGUGCAAUGAAGUUGAAAACGCUUCUAGUCCGUACAAAUGUUUAAUUUGUAAUAGCGAAAAAGUGGAUCUGUCGAAAAUUAAGACACACGUUCGGGAACAACAUGUCUACAAGACCUUACCACAACCGAUAAAGCCAAUUUUGAAGGAGAAAAUAGCCUGCAAUCUCUGCGGUAUGCUGAUCACGCGUAACAGCUUCAGAACUCACUUCUUGGCCCAUGUGGACGCGAAAAAGUAUCCAUGCUCGUUUUGUGGUCGCGUGUUCAGCAAAAAUUAUUCUAAGAAAACUCAUGAACGUAUGCACACGGGUGAGAAACCCUUUCAGUGCGAUCAAUGUGGUAAACGAUUCUUUAGCAAUUCAUUGCUGGGUGCUCAUAAGCAAGCACAUGACAAUACCACAUAUCCAUGCAAAAUCUGUGGCCGAGUCUUCAAUAUAUCAUCUGGAUAUCGCCGUCACAUGCAGACUCACCGCAAGGAUCAAUCAUUUGAGUGUACCAUUUGUGGAAAAUCUUUUAACGCACGAGUAUAUUUGAAGAGACACUUGAACAAACACAACGCGAAAACGUUUCAAUGCUCGUUCUGUGAGAAUAAAUUCAACACGGAAAAGGGACAGCGACAGCAUGAGAAAACCCAACAUAAUCAUGAGCCGCCAAUAUAAUUUUAAUAAAAAUUUCUUUUGUUUCUUG